AUGGCAACAGAAAUUGAAGCAGCUUCUCCGGCGACCGUCAACGGUGACGACGUGCGGGCUCUCUACGACGCCGUUAGAGCUCUCCCCAGCCACGCCGUGAUCGAGUUGUUCUCAAUAGGGGUAUGCACCAGAUGCAUUUUGCGGUUGUUUGGGGUCAGUGGGAGUGUGCAUUAUCACUCACCACUAUCACAGUCGAUGUUGAGCUCAGUUUUUUCGGAUUCAACCGAUUUGGACAACCGCAGUAGUUUAAGAGAGCCAGUGGUUUGUAGGCUUUGUUUAGGAAUCUUGCAGUUCACUUAUAGUGAGGAUAAGAAGGUGGUGAAAAAGGAGAGCGUUGAGGGGUUGGCUGCUUAUAUUUGCAACCUGAUUAGGGAACAGGGAUUUGAGAUAGACAGCUUUUCACUUGAAGUGUCUAUACCACCUGUUGUCCUGGAAAACGAACGCAUUGUUUGGGAUCAUUUAAAAACAAAGUUUGAAUCUGAACUUCAGCUUCAAGAGAGGUCACUGCCUGAAUGCAUUUCUGUAAAAGAUGCUUUGAAAGUUUCUCUUACGGAAACCCUAGAAACAAUGCUGGAUUGCAGAUCAAGCACAGGCACUUUCCGCAUCCGUUUGACGUACACAUACCCUGUAUCAUCAGAAACAGUUGAGAACUCUGUUGAUGGGUGCCAUGGGAGUAAAAGAAGAAAAACAGGCACACAAAUUCAUUUUGCCUCAAGUGAUGAUGAAACUAAAUGCUCUGGAUUUUCAGCAAGUGAACCUGAGAGUAUGCAAGCUAUUAAAUCGUUGAACUGUCCGAAGUUCCGUAUGGAGCAGACCAAUGAACCUUGUUGUUUGGAGUUCCUCUGUUACAGGACACAAAUAUACUUUGGCGGGAGAUACCUGAAGUACUCGAGAAAUGUAAGUCAGAGCUGUUGGAUUAUUGAUGAUGAAAGAAUGGGAGAAGCAUCUGUUGAGGAGAUAAUAGGUAGCAACAUUCUUCCUAUAUGUCGUGGUGAUAAGUACAAGUUUCAUGCGGCUGGCAGAGAAGAUAUUGAUGUUCGGAUGUUGGGUUCUGGGAGGCCUUUCCUGGUUGAGGUACAAAAUGCGCGCUAUGUCCCAUCGCAGGAGUCUGUAAAAGAUCUGCAAGCAAAGAUAAAUAACUUGCAAAAUAAAUUGGUUGGUGUGAAAAAUUUGAAACUGGUGGGCAGUCAGUCAUGGGAUCUCAUGCGUGAAGGAGAAGCAGAGAAACAGAAGCAAUAUACUGCACUUGUUUGGACUUCUCGCAUUCUCAAGGAUGAAGAUUUUCAGUCUAUAUCAUCAGUUAAAGACAUGCAUAUUCUGCAAAGGACUCCAAUUAGGGUGCUUCACCGCCGAAGUCCUUUGGAACGUAAAAGGAUUAUACAUUGGAUGAGAAUUGAAAGAAUCGUUGGAAGUUCUCAAUAUUUUCUUCUGCACCUAUGUACCCAGGCUGGAACGUAUAUAAAGGAAUUUGUUCAUGGGGAUCUUGGACGCACGCAACCCUGCUUUGGAUCAAUUCUUGAUACUAGAGCUGAGAUACUACGACUUGAUGUAACGGAUGUUAAAAUGGAUUGUUUUCUCACUGAAUGAGGAAGGAAUUGUUCUUGGUGAAAGCACUGCUGAAGCUGGUGUUUUAGGACACAAUGCACAUGGAUCAGUGGAGGAAAUCAUUCUUGGCCCAUCUUUUAUAAAGGAAACAUGUUCACUUGUAUUAGUUCGGCUAGAACAAUUUCUUAAUUUUUAUUUUUUUUGGUC